AUGUCCCGAGCAGUCCCCUGGAGAGGCUCAAGUGGUGAGGAACGGAGAUCUCUACAGAGAUCUCUUGCCAAGAACCAGCAACAAUUUGGCGGCCAUGUGAAUGAGCCAUUUUGGAAGCGAAUCUUCCAGGCCCAGUCAAGUCUUCAGACGAUGGCAGUCUGGACUGGCAUCUUGAUUGUGACCGCACAGAAAGACUCCAGUCCAGAACCAUCCAGACUGUCAUCCGGGUGGAAUCAUACAGAUGCAGCCUUUGUAGAUCGGCUUCUUCCAUUUAGUCGUAUGCAUAACGUUUUCAACUCUGAAAAGCUGUUUUCUUGUAAAGGGAUAAAUUUUGCAACGGCAAACAGCACUGCCCUGAAAGGCAAUGGCUGCAGGAAUUGCUCUGCCCCAGCAGCUGAACUCUUUGAAAUUUCUCACAAACAGAAUGUCUCUGACCAGCAGGAACACCAUUUCAGCCGCUGUAGAGAUAAGCAACAGCUUCCUGCUGCAGCAGUCCUGCAGCAGCAUCCACUUUAUUGGAGAUGUGAUGCUAAAUGUUGUGGCGAAGAUUCUGCGCAUUUAAGGAUAAAUGUGGUGUGCCUCCUCGAGGCUUCAGAGAAGUUACUGGGGUGGUUUUAGCCUCACCUGAUCCUGAAUGGCCACAUGCACAGUGCCUGAACCCAUGAGGUCAACAGUCCUUGGCCUUUUACUUGGAGAAACAAAAACUACCCUGGUCUCAUCUUGGGCAGCACAACACUCACAGAUCAUUCUCUCUCCAAGUUCCUUCCGUUUGAAGAUGUGCUUCUAAUCAUGUACAGAAGAGCAGCUGUGUUCCUGGUGGUCCUCAUGUUAGCUCACUUUGUGCUUUUAGCUUCAUCUAUUCUUUUCCGGUAA